UUUCCAUUCCUUAAAUGAAACUAAAACCGCUACUUGAAUGGGUUUCCUGAAUUGACAUCAAUAGGCGCUAGCGCUGGUGGCGGGUCUUGAGUGAAGCAGCGGAGAAAAGGAGGGAAAAAGGCAGGGAAAAGGGUGUCCACCAUUUCAGAAGUUGAAUUGCCCUGGCUGUGGAUCACAGUGGUUGUGAGUGCAAAUGCUAGAGUAUGGCUAGGGGGAGUGUCACACUGUUGUGUUACUGGAAUGGGAAGAAGACAAAAGGAGAACAUGGCAUUGCUUACGAAGGCGCUGCUCCAAGGCCCAUCAGGGUUAACCAUGGAAUAACCCACAAUGAGUUGUUGGAUAAGAUGUACACUAUUAGUGGGUUUGACAGAAAGCAGUUUGAACUGAAAAUCAUGUGCAGGUAUCCAGUAACAUUAAUGGAAUAUAUAGCUGUGCCAAUAGAGGAUGAUCAGUCAGUAGAUCUUAUGUUGGAAGUGCCAUGCAAUCCUGGAGUGCAUUGUGUAGAAAUUUAUUUGGAACAAGUGCCGAUUCGCAUUGAUAGUCAAGCAAAUACAACACAGGAGGACAUGUUUAAUCCAGGGCCUAUUGAUGGUUCUGUGCUUGUGCUACAGCAUGAGCACAGAUCUGGAGCAAUUUGGACAGGACAAAAUCGCAACAUUUUGACAUGUAGACAGAGGUUGGCCAGAUUUAUGCGGGAGUGGCCUCUAGAUCAUCGUGUGCGUCCAUACAUCAUCCAAGCUGGAUUCUAUGGGGUAUACAGAGUUGGAUUUAUACAGUUGGACUGGACAUUAAUUACAGCUUUAGUAGAGAGAUGGCGACAGGAGACCCACACCUUCCAUCUUGCUGUGGGUGAGAGCACUAUCACUCUACAAGACACAGCAGUAUUAUUGGGCCUUCGAGUACAUGGUGAUCCAGUUACCGGCACCACUGAUGUACAGUGGCCUAACCUGUGCGAGGAGUUGUUGGGGAGGAGACCUGAUGGCAAUUCUCUUCAGGGGUCAGCUCUCAAACUUAGUUGGUUACGGAUGCAUUUCUUGCAGCCACCUUCAGAUGCAGACGAUCUUAUAGUGCAACAGUAUGCCAGGGCGUAUAUCUUGGCAUUGAUAGGUGGUGCCCUCUUUGCAGAUAAGUCAGGAUCAGAUGUCCAGUUAAUAUUUUUGCCCUUACUUAGGGAUUUUGUGGCUGCGGGACGACUGAGUUGGGGUAGUGCCACGUUGGCCCACUUAUAUCGAGAGCUCUGUCGAGCCAGUAAGGCAGGGGCAUCAGAAAUUGCUGGCCCUCUUAUACUUCUACAGCUAUGGGCAUGGGAGCGAUUGCAUGUUGGUCGGCCUGAAAAACGAGUUUCCCGGAGUCAACAUAUGGUUAUACCAAGGGGGGAGUGUGUAGGGGCAGAACCACCAUUUUUGGAUGUUGCAGAUGGGGCAGUCAUCAAUGAUCAAACAUUACCUGUGGAUCCAUUAGGAUGCAUGUGGCGGGUUCCUUUGUCUCGCAUCCAGAAUCCCCAUGGUGUGUUAAUGCUCUAUAGGGAUCAGCUUGAUCAGCAAAAGGAUGAUCAGAUGAUAUGGCAGCCAUAUACACAAGAAAUACUUUCACAGUUACCAGAAAUAUGCACUGCAGACCAGCAUGUGUGGCGAACAGUGGCACCACUUAUUUGCUUUGAUAUUGUUGAGUGGCAUCAUCCUGAUCGAGUUCUUCGUCAAUUUGGUUUUCGCCAGGGGAUUCCUAGACCUUGCGAUACCAAUCUAAAACUCCAUUCUAUUGACAGGCGAGGAAGACAUGACUAUUGUUGGUGGCAGUAUCAUGCUCAGUACAUUGAUCUAUGGGCAGCACGUGAACAGAGUAUUGUGUCAGGCGAGCCAGAGCAACAACCAAUGUCUCAUUAUGAUCCAUACAUGGAGUGGUACCGUAGCAUUACUCGUCGAUUUGUUACUCCUCUUGCUGACAGAUCAAAUACGGGCUUUCAGCCUACAGCAGUGACCACACACUUACUUGUUCAGAGCUUGACUAAUAUUCAUAAACAGUGUGGCAUGACGGUCAGUGCUUUCAACAGUGAUGAUGCACAUAGUGCAUUGAUAAAUAUCCAAACCAUUUGUAGUGAUGUCUUGCGCUUGAUUGGUGAAGGUCGCCAGCUUGAGGUAGCACACAAACUUGCACCUCCACCUCCAAGUGUGGCCAGAGAACCUGUUAGACAGCAAUGUCGAGGUAGAGCUCGUGGUGGAAGGCAUGGCAUAAUACACCCUGCAGCAGUUUCAUCCUUAGUUUCACCAGCCACACUUGCGAUAUCACUACCUGAUGCUUCUGUAAAAGCAAGAGAUGAUAAGCCAUUUUUAGCACCAUCUCUGGCAGCAAUGUCAGCAUCAGCAGCCUCACCAAAACCACAAACUCCAUCAGAUCCUGACUCCAUUGAGGGCCCAUCACGGGUUGCUCAGGAGGUUGCUUCUUCUAUUCUCUCUACAACAAUUACGGUUUCUUCAAUUAGAAAGCGAAGUCGAGGUAGAGGUAGUAGCAAAGGUCAUUUGUGUGGUCCAACAGAAAAUGUAGGAAUACCCAUAGUAAUUCCAGUAGACAGGUCAUCGUCACAACCACCGCCAUCCCCAAGAGUAGCAUCAAAAGCAACGGUAAGACUAGAGGGGCUAGCUCAGGUCACCCAGGGGGCUGCUUCAACACCUCUUGCUGAAUUAGCAUCGCUAGCUACUCCAUUAGACACAGCACCAUCACCCUCUAUGGUAUUAUCAGAAGCAAUGACAUCAUCAACUACAGUAGACAUCAACCCUAUUGAGGGGCUAUCUGAAGUCAUUGACAAGAGUGCAGCUACACCUCCCCCUACCUCAGCAUCACCUUCAGAUGAUUUCAUUGAGGGCAUGUCUCGGUCUACUCAGGUGGCUGCAUUAGCACCUCCCCCUACUGCAGCAACACCUUUGGUCAUUUCAGCAAACGUGGCUCCGCUGUCACCAUCAGCAGUAGCAUCAGAAGCAGUGGUAUCAUCAAUAGCCCCACCUCCAUCAGUUAUCAGUUCCAUUGAGGGGCCAUCCCAAGUCACUAAGAAUGCUGCAUCAGCACCUUCCCCUAUCAGAGUUACAGCUCCACCAAGUGAAGGACAAGGCAGAGGCAAAGUAGUCCGGGUUGAUCUAACCAAGACCAUGCCAACAUCCUCUGCAAUGCCAUCAGAUCCACCAGCUUCACUCCUGAAUAUAAUAAGUAAGAGAGCAAAACACCUUUGACUUUAUGUUCCUGUAGGAUGAGAGAGCAAUUCCCUGUUGUUUAUUGUACUUAUCCUGAUACCUAACUACCUAGGGGUUUUGUAUCUUUUAUCUGAAAUGGAUUUGUAUUUCACCACAUUGCAUAUGAUGUCAAUAUACAUGUGUAGGUUGUUUAA